AAACGUUUUAUCAUUUAAAAAAAAAAACAUUUCAAAAACCUGUUGGUGUCACCCAAUUGAAGAUCACAUCCGAUAUAUUUCAUCGACAUUAGUAGUAGUAGUUAUGAAUGACAGAAUUUUUCUACUAUUGCUUACUUUAAUUAUCGCAUUAUUCAAUGCCGUGAAUGGAGAGACAUGUCAGACCACAGUCACCAUCAAUGGUAACGAAAAUGUUACCGAAGUGUUUGAUUGUCCGCGACUUUUCGAGUCCAAGACUAUGAGAUUUUGCUGUAGAUUAACAUCACUUGAAAAGCAUUGCUGCGAUUGGGAUAAGAGGAGCAAAGAGUUUGGUCCGAAGGAUAGACAACAACGAAAAAAUGGGACCAAAAACUCGGAUAUCAAACUAAUUGCUAUCAAUUAUUUGGUUUGUUUACUAAUUAUCUUAUAUUUUAAUUAA